AAGGUAUUUUGUCGUAUAAUUAUGCUGUCAUUUCUUCAUUUAUGACGCGAUGUUUUGUUAUUGGAACUGAUUAGAAAAAAUGGAUUAUAUUUGUUUGUUGCUAGGUUUCCUUCUUAUUCCACAAACAAUCGCCUGUGGAGAUAAUUGUUUUGAAGAUGUCUGCAAUCAAAAAUCCGGAGAAUGUACUAAAGGUUGUAAACCAGGAUGGCAUGGAAAGCUCUGCGACAACAGUUAUGGACAUUGUUGAUCGGGUUGUUAUCCAGGAUGGACUGGCCUACUUUGUGACAAACUUAAUUGA